AUGUCUGAAAAUGGAGAAACCUCUCAAACAGCUACCUCAACAGAACAAACCACAGAAUGUUCCACAGAUCUCAACUGCAUUGAACAAUGCAACGAGCUCAUUAAUCAACAUCGACUUGGACACAGUGGCAAAGCCAUCACCAUACUUGAUAUCAGAGAAAGUCUUCUCCAGUCCCCCGCUGUUAGGAGUGGACGGAACAUUAAUGAAGCCCUUGAUGUCUUCAUUGGAAUGCUCGACAGUAUCAAUGCUUCCAGAGCACAAGCUUCAGAACAAGGACACCAAAGUAGCGGGACUUUCGAGGAAGAGGAAACUCAUCGAGAGGAUAGGGGAAGCGACAAUGUUGAAGAAACAGAAGUGGGACGAAAGCAGACCAGAGUUGUCACUGAUUCAGAGGAUGAAGAUGAACCCAGUUCAAAGCAAGCCAAGACUGAUAUCAGAGAAACCUAUCAACAACUCGAAAACUUUGCCACUGAUCCAAAAGGUGUUGUCAAUGACAUCCUGUCAACUCCAGGGUGCCCACCCUUCCCACCUAGUGAAUGGCUCAACAUUGUUCAUUGGAAGUAUGUUGACCUCGCCAAAGUCCUCGACUCAGCUCACAUGACUGAGCUGGAUCCAAAAAAGACCCAUGUCAUUGACAACAAGAUUGAGCUUGCCUUGCGAGUCUUGAAGUCAUCAGCAGGAAUCAAAACAUCCUCUGACCAUAAUAUCGCCUUCUCCAUGUAUAUUGAAGCAAUCUCCUUUGUCUUCCCUCAGUGA